AAGAGUGGCAUACGGCCCCCGAAGCCAAGGGAGUAAAAGUCCAACAGAAUCAGAAGUAAAGAUGUCUUGAAGGAGGAGAGAGACCUGUGGACGAUGAGUCAACAUGUGAGAAGAGGAGGAAGUGUGAGCAAUGUUGAAUGACAAGGAAUUAGAAACAUUUCGUGCAUUUGAAGAAAAGUCUACAAUCCACAAAUGGCCUACUGAGCCUGCCUGAAACCAUCUCUUUAUCUUCCUCAAGGCGUCCCAUACCACUUGGGACGAGGUGCGGAAGGACAACGAGGACACAAACCUCUGCCACGCAAGUUUACUUUGCUGUUUAAAAAUAUAAUGAGCUUGAGCUCUACUGCGUUAAAAACUUGUCACAUUUUCAGAAGUGGGGUUGCGGAAGGCAAGGAAUUGGGCUUUGGGGCUUCUUCCGAGCGCGCUGGGGCACUCUACACUUCGGUGGACACGUUGUCGGCUAAUCCGAUGUCUCCGCGCAGGAAUUGUCUCCAAAGCGACUUCAUUUAAAAUUAAGUGACAAAGGUGACUAUGCAGCUUUUCAUGUGUUUAUUUACACUCUUGAUUCAGCACCACGUACAGAAAAUACGAGCCUGUGAUGGUGUGUACACCUCACCCAGUGGCUCCAUCUCGUCCCCGCUGUACCCCAGUCAGUACCCGCCUAAUGAAGACUGUACCUACAUCAUCAACACAACACAGGGCCAUCGCAUAACCUUGACCUUUGUUACAUUUGAAAUUGAGGCUGAAACCGAUGACUGCGAGCUUGAAUAUCUGCAGAUCUUGGAUGGAAGCUCCGAGCUGUCACCGUCUAUGGGUAUCUUCUGUAACACGAGUGUUCCGGACAGAGUGAGGUCCACGUCUAACACCAUGUUGGUCAGAUUUAUUUCCGGCUCACAGUCAGGCACUGGCUUCUUUGCAACUUACUCAUCAGCAAUCAUUCCACAGAAGUUUCUCCUUGUCACUGACUUUUAUAACGGCAUCCAUCGCAUAGACAUCGACACUGGAAGUAUUGUUACAAUCAGUCCUGAUGGUCUACAGUACCCAUUCGGUAUUGACUACGAUCCAGUAGACGGUCGUGUCUAUUGGUCAAAUCAAUUGGAGAAGACCAUUCGUUCCGCCAACCUUGAUGGCAGCGAUGCUCGGGUUUUUCGCAGCGUUAGUGAAGGAGGUCUUCUAUGGGGCCUGUCUUUGGACUCUGUGUCGAGGCUAGUGUUCUACGCGGACAAUGGCAAAAAAAUCAUCGGAAUGAUAUCACUGGACACCAACAGUCAUCAGAUUGUCGUCGAUUCAGACAUUGGUGCACCUAUAGACAUCGAACUGGACAAACAUAAUGGUGUCAUCUACUGGAGUGACCCUGUCAGGAGUAAAAUAGAGAGGUGUAACUAUGACGGCUCGGACCGUCAGACAUUAAUUAUCCCAUCCACACAUCUUAAACGUCCUCAUGGUCUUGCAUUGGACAUAGAAGAGAGGAGACUAUACUGGGCAAGUGCAGACACAGAGCUGAUAGGAUGGACGGAUUUGGACACCAAACGUUCUAAAAUUUAUUUUAAAACGAGAGGCUCAUACUUUAUGGGCCUGGAUAUCUACCAAAAUGAGUUGUUUGUCACGGACUGGGGAGCUAAAAAACAUCUGGCAGAAACAACACACAUCUAUCGCAUUGGCAAGAAUAAAACAAUGAUGGCGAGUGUACAAGUUAAUGGCAGAGUAAACGAUGUUCGUGUCUUUGCCGAGGAAACAACACGUAAAGAACCAAACGGAUGCGGCAACAACAAUGGACGCUGUAGAUACAUCUGCCUACCAACUCCUGGGAACAGAAGCAAGUGUCUUGCUCCGUUAGACAAGUCACAUGGAUGUGGUGAAUAUAUUUCCCCUAGUGGUUUUAUUUCAUCUCCAUCAUAUGAUAGACAAGACCUGGAAAUUGAGGAUUGCAUUUACAUAAUAAAAACAACAGCAGGCCAUCGCAUCACCUUAACAUUCCUGACACUUGAAACUGAAGACUGCAGGUUCGAUUUUCUGCAGAUCCGCGAUGGAAGCUCCGAGCUGUCACCGUCUAUGGGUGUCUUCUGUAACACGAGUGUUCCGGACAGAGUGAGGUCCACGUCUAACACCAUGUGGAUCAGAUUCCGGUCUGGCUCACAGUCAGGCACUGGCUUCAAUGCAACUUACUCAUCAGCAAUCAUUCCACAGAAGUUUCUCCUUGUCACCGACAAACAUAACGGUAUCCAUCGCAUAGACAUCGACACGGGAAGUAAUUUCACAAUCCGUCCCAGUGGUCUACACAACCCAUAUGGUAUUGACUACGAUCCAGUAGACGGUCGUGUCUAUUGGUCAAAUGUAUGGGAGAAGACCAUUCGAUCCGCUAACCUUGAUGGCAGCGAUGCUCGGCUGGUUCGCAAUAUUAGUCAGGGAGGUCGCCUAUUGGGCCUUUCGUUGGACUCUGUGUCGAGGCUACUAUUCUACGCCGACGAUGGCAACAAAGUCAUCGGAAUGAUAUCACUGGACAACAACAGUCAUCAUAUUGUCAUCGAUACAGACAUUGGUCAGCUUAUGGACAUCGAGUUGGACAAACACAAUGGUGUGCUGUACUGGUGUGACUACAGCAGGAGUAAAAUAGAGAGGUGUAACUAUGACGGCUCGGACCGUCAGACACUGAUUUCCUCCAUCGCGCGUCUUAAAAAUCCAUCUGGUCUUGCUUUGGACACAGAAGGGAGGAGACUUUACUGGGCAGAUGUAGGUACACUGCUGAUAGGAUGGAGGGAUCUGGACGGCAGAAAUACUGGAGUUUUGUUUAAACAUCAGGGCUCGUUUUUUAGGGGCCUGGAUAUCUACCACAAUGAGUUGUUUGUCACAGACUGGGGACCUGAACAACAUCUGGCAGAAACAACACACAUCUAUCGCAUUGGAAAAAAUGGAGCAAUGAGGGAGACUGUACAAGUUAAAGGGAGAGUAAACGAUGUUCGGGUCUAUGCCGAGGAAAGAACACAUACAGUAUCUACCUCGUCGGCACUAACAAGCGAUAAAACAACAAGAAGUGAAACUACAGGUAGUGUUGAAAGUUUCUUUUAUUUUUCUUUUUGGUUGGUUGGUUUAUUUAUUCGGCAAGUGUUUUCACCUUGAGGGGAUUUCACACUAUGAGAGACAGGAAGGGGGGAAGAACCCAGAGUACCUGGAGAAAACUCUCGAAGCCCAGCCCUGUAAACAAAUUAGGUGACACAUAGGAUGUCACAUACAGAGAGUGUCCCUAGCCGAGAUCUGAACCCUCAGCUCUUACUGAAGUGGCACCAAGCGAGUGAUUUAAUCACUACACUAGCGAGCCACCCUACUACAGUACUACUGAAUGUGUAGACAUGAAGAUAAUAUAUAUAGAUAUUGCCGUAACAUCAGAUCUCUUUGUGUAUGUGUUUUAGUUUGAAACGUUUAAAAACAAAUUGUUUUGUAUCACAAACUUGUGAAAUGUGUAUCUUUGUAAAUGAGAGAUUACCUCCCUUUUAUUGCAAAGCGUCUAUCUCCGUGGCCGAUGUCUUGUCGCCGAAUAUUUUAUGCAUCGCUUAACCUCUGACCCCGUUAGCAGCUGGCGUGCGGGUCGCGACUAUUUUUGUCGCACACAUGGUUUUUGCACUGUUCGCGCAUGCGUACACCAAGUCAGUGCAAAUAUAAAAGAAAAACCGUGUGAGAAAAAAGUAGUCGUGCGUGGGUCAUGUCGCCCCGUUCUAACUCCUUGUAGCUAUUGGACCGUCGACAUUUGCAUACGUCCUUGACAUUCCAUCGUGGGGGAAUGACUUGGGAAAUCCGCGCAUGCGCAUGCGCAAACCAAAAAACGUCAUUUCUAUAUUUAUAUCAUCGUCAGAAGUCUAGAACAUGUACCACCAGUUUAUAAAUUACGAGAGACGAGCUGGUCAAACAAGGAAUUAUGGAUGUUGCUAGAAGAGGUUUGUACUUAACAGUUGUUUGUGCUCAGUUUGCUUUGUUCCUCAAGUUGAGAGACUGUCCAAGCCACAUUGUUUAAUUUGUUUGUCCUAAAAUUCUUGUGUUACAUUCGUGUGGCUAUCCUCGUAGUCAGUUCUUAUAUAUCUUGAAACGUUUUAUUUCUGUCUUUUCUUUGUUAUUAUGUGAGGUUGAAAAGAGUGUAUUUAACGAUGUCACUGACGAAUGGAAUAAGUAAUAAAAAGGCCUCAAUGUGGCAGCGAACUGCGGAUAAACUUCUGCCUGUUGCGGCUUAGAACAUCGAAAGUUACAGGGGGUGGACAGCAACUGACUGUGAAUACGACAACAUCAUAUUUGAUAUUUUAGGCCAAGGGUCAAACCUUACAGAUGGCAUAAAGUCUCUCUAUAUUUUAUAGCAAAUCAAAAUAUAUGUUAAAUCUUUUUAUCUUUUGUUUGUGUGAUCGAUGUGUAACUUUUUCACCUUUAAAGGAAUUUGACUUCUGAUUGUUGCUAGCCACUUUUUCCUAUUCCCGUAGAUAAGUUCGUGUAGAACAUUUUUAUUUGAAACAGCGAUGUAAACCCGGAAUUCCACUCUUAGCUGAAGGACUUUUCUAGUAGUUUUAUAGACCUUCGGAAAGAUACUAUCCAAAGUUAGAUGAAUUUCCCAUUUCUAUCCAAAUAAUAAUUAUAACAACACCUUGUAAAGUGCAACACCACGACCAGGAUAGAUCGCUCUCGCUGCGAGACCAGAAAUGACAAAUGAACAGAAAGUGGACAGUGAGUUGUGUACAGACAGAAGGUAAAGCAAUGGAUGAAGAUAUGAAGGACACAGUAAACGGUUGGAGCUGUACUUGAUGGUUAACAUGACAGACACUAUUGUCAGGGAGUUAAGGAUGAUUAUUCGGGGAAAGUACUUUGUGAACAGUGUUUUCAGAGAGCAGAUGAAUGUAGCCUUGUAGUCCGAGUGGCGAAUGUGAAGAGAGGUCCACUGAUUAGCAGCACAGACGGAGGACAUCUGAUGAGAUGUCAGAGGUCAGAAUCGUGAACACGUGGGUACAAGGAUACGCUUAAUUAAUAUACGGUUCCAGCCCUGCUAUUGGCCGUCUGCACAAGGUAAACAUGUGUAUGUACAGUCCUGUUGUAUAUAUUAUGGUUCUUUAUCUGCUCACGAUGAUGUCAGUAAGCUUGUGUCUCGCGAGAAAAAGUAACAGUUAUUGUGAUGUUUGUUUACAAGGACGCCGGCACACAGACAGCAGCCAGUUACAAUUUAACUUUUGCUUAGUUUAUUGCUUGUGAGCUCAAAACAAAAUUCUAUAUUUGUUGUCAACAAAAAUAUACAGUAAAGAUGUCUUGUAUUGUUAUGAUCAGGUCUUUGAUUCAAUUAAUAAUAUUAACAUAUUAGUGUGUUACAGCCUUGCAAAUUAAGCAGACUGAUGGAGGACAAGAUCAACAUAAUACCACAGACACAAGUCAAUAAAUAAUAAAGACUUCAAGCCAGAAAUAAGAGGACAGGUCCUGUCCAGUACCACGAAACUUUCAUACAAGCUUCUUAGUCACUCCUUGAAGGACUUUCAAGUGCAGUUUGGGCGGUGGACUUUAGGCUCAAGUGUCCUCAUCACAUCAUCAA